AUGGGAAAUCAAUCAUCCUCCGAAGGCCGCACUUUUGGACGCAGCGGAAAUUCGUUGGGAUUGUCCCGCAGCGAAUUGGAAAAAAGAUGUCAGCCCAGUGGUUUGUACAACAAUUGCAAAUGGGACGACAAGGCCAUUCGCAAAUUGGUUGGAGACGGAAAGCUGGCUUCCCGACAAAAAGGAUGCGAAGAUCGAACCAUGAACGCCAAUCAAGAAUGUCCCAUUUGCUUUUUGUACUACAAGGAAACAAAUGUCACCAAGUGCUGCGGGGCCAAUAUCUGUACCGAGUGUUACUUGCAAGUCAAACCCCAAAAGGAAAAGACGGCCAGCUGUCCCUUUUGCAAUGCUCCCAAAGUCACUGUCACUGUAGCAAGAAAGCUUACCGAAGAUCAACUAGCAGAACAAAAGAAGGAGGAGGAACGCGUCACGGAAGCCCGAAAACGAUCGCAGAGUGUGGGAACGGCCAGCGAAGGCUCUGAUUUUGGAUCGUCGCUCCAAGAAUUCUCGAGGGCCCGAUCCGAAUCCUUCAACUCUAGUUUUGCUUCCAAUGCGACGAAUACUGAAAAUAUCAAUCCCAUGGGCUCCCUCGCCAUGACUCCAGAAGAACGGCAACGUUUGGAAGCUGAAAUGAAGGCGCAACUAUCUCACCCCUUGACCAUGCGAGUGGAGGCGGAAGCUGCGGAACGCCGGAUGGAAAACGAACGGGCCUAUUCUCGUUCGACUUCUAGUGCAAACAGAAACUCGAGAUUUCGCAGACGGCGCGGUCGCGGAGGAAGGGAUUGGAAUCAAAUUGUCGAUGCCUUUGAACGAGGUGGCAACGGACAAAUUCAGUCAUUGGAUGAUUUGGUAGUUUUGGAGGCGGCCAUUCUACUCAGCAUGGGAGAAGAAGCACGAAGUAGUAGUGGAGGAGCCGAUGGCUUUGAUCCGGCGCGACAUGCCCGGAAUGGAUUUCCAUUGGUCCGCAACUAUUUCAAUAAUCGAGAGGAAACGGCCGAAUCUUCCAGUUCCUCUUCUUCCUACCCCGGCAGUAGUAGACAACAAGUGCCACCAAAUAGAAAUACGGCAUUGGAUACGGCGGCCAUGUUGAUGCGAGGGAUUUCAGAAGAGGAUCAAAUGGCCAUGGCCAUUGCCGCCAGUUUGCAAGAUCAAAAUGGAACUGAGGAAGGAGACGAAGAAGGAGACGAAGACGAUGUGGCGGAAGAUAUUGAACUAGAUGGACAAGAGGGAGAAGAGUGUGGUAGUGAGGAGGAAGACGACAUUUCAGAGGUGGCAGAAGGCGAGGAAGGUGGGGAAGAUUACAGUGACGAGGAGGACGACAACUACCCAAAUGACGCUUCCACGGAUGACGAAGAUCGAGCCUAUGGUGGAGACGCGGAAGUCUCGAAUGUCGAAGACGAUACAGAUGACGCAGAGCGCCUUUCGGCUGUCGAGUCGGAAGAUGAUGAUGGAGAUGACGAGGAGGACAAUGACGCGGCAGAGCCUUUGUCGGCUGUCGUGUCGGGAAACGAUAAUGAUGAGGGAAACAAUGACGAUCCAGUGCCUAACGACGACGAGUCUUCUGAUGCAGACAUCCUUGAAAGUUGA